AUGGAGAAAGAGGACCGCAAGGCCUUGGCUCCGUCUUCGAGUUCAUCAUCUUCUUCCUCUUUGGAGCCCAGCAAGAGCAUUGCAGAGAGGAGGGCGGCCACUUGCGGCUUCAAUGCGCUGAGUAUUAAAUCAGCGUUGUUUCGGACGACAAGCCCCUUGGCUUCGCCGGCGGCUCGGGCUCGCUCCCCGAGGCUCACCAUUCCUCCCGGGAUUAGCCCCGCCACCUUGCUUGACUCCCCCAUCAUGCUCCCAGACACCCAGGCACUGCCGUCACCAACCACUGGAACUUUUCCGCUGUCCCCUCUCAACCAUGAAAGUGUGAUGCUGAGUUCAUUGACUGCUGAAGAUGGGGAUAGGGGCAGCGACGUUGGCUCCCUCAAAUUCAUGUCUUAUGAGGAUCCUAGCUCUCUGUCAGGCUUUUCUAGCUUUAUAGAUAAGGGAGCUGAUGUUGACUAUCAAGCUCCUGUCUCAGUGCAACCACCAAUGGAUUUUGAAUUCCCAACAGAACUCCCAAAAGCAGAUACCACUGAGAACUGUGCUGUGGAUUUAUCCGCUGAGGUGAAAGUGUUAAAAAAUAUGGGUAUGAAUGGCAGCUGCAUUGACUUGCAAAUUCAUCAUUCUGAUAUAGCUAGCGACCAAAAAUCUCUUCCCAAAGGGCCUAUUCAUGGAGAGGAUGUCGGGACAGAUCAUGUUUUGGAAGGAGACCUGAAAGGGUCAUACCCUUCCACAGGAACGGUAAGGGCAUCAUACAAUUGGAGAAAGUAUGGGCAGAAACAGGUAAAAGGAAGUGAAUACCCUAGAAGUUACUAUAAAUGUACCCAUGCAAAUUGUCAGGUGAAGAAAAAAGUGGAACGAUCCCACGAUGGUCAAAUAACAGAAAUCAUCUAUAAGGGUACUCAUAAUCAUGCAAAACCUCAGCCUAACCGCCGAGCAUCACAUGGGUCCUCAUUUUCAAUGGAGGAAAUAUCAGAGAUGGAUGAAGUCAGUGGAUCCUUUGUCAAAGCUGAAGGUGGGUCAGUUUGGAGGAAUAUUCAAUCAGGGUCAAAGGAUAUGAAACUUGGUUCUAACUGGAGGUCUGAUGGGGUAGAAGGGACAUCCUCAGUAUCUGUCGUAUCGGAGCUUUCAGAUCCAUUAUCAAUUGCCCAAGGGAAAUCUGUGGGUGUACUUGAAUCAUUAGAGACUCCAGAGCUUUCAUCUACACUUGCUAGUGAUGAUGAUGACGAAGAUAGGGCCACACAGGGAAGCAUAUCACUUGGAGACAAUGCCGAUGAUGAUGAGUCUGAGUCAAAAAGAAGGAAGAAAGAGAGCUGCUUGAUUGAAGCAAAUAUGGGAUCCAGGACUCUCCGUGAACCAAGAGUUGUUGUCCAAAUAGAGAGCGAAGUGGACAUUCUUGAUGAUGGCUACCGCUGGCGGAAAUAUGGGCAAAAAGUUGUCAAAGGAAAUCCAAACCCUAGGAGCUACUACAAAUGCACGAGUGCUGGAUGUUCUGUGCGGAAGCAUGUGGAAAGGGCCUCUCACAAUAUUAAAUGUGUUCUUACAACGUAUGAGGGAAAACACAACCAUGAAGUGCCUGCAGCCAGAAACAGCGGCCAAGUAAACUCGAGCAGUGGCAAUAUACCUCCUGCUGCUGCUAGUGCUCAAUCUGCCCAUACAAUACUCAGAAGCACCAACGUUCCAAAGGCCGAAACACAAGUUCAAGAGCUUGCACCUCAUUUUGAUAGAAAAUCUGAAUUCAAUAAUGACUAUCUGAGACCCAGUUUCCUAGGAAACUUCAGUAAUGAUAUGAAAUUUGGGGCUUCUAUCUACCAGAUGAAGUUUCCGCCCAUGCAAAAUGCCAUGCCUUAUGCCUCUCUUGGACUGAAUUCUAACUGUAAUAUAAACCAUCAAUCUUAUGCCUCUUUAGUACCAGACUUCCCAAUGUCAUUGCCAUUGAACCUUCCUCAAGCUGGGAAUCUUCCUCUAGUUGGUUUUGAUUUUAAUAUUGGAAAACCUGCUAGUGCUAUUCAAUCUUUCCUUUCAGGACAGCGGCUGAAGGAAAAUGAGUUACGGUUGCUCAAGCCAAAGCAAGAGCAAAAGGAUGAUAGUCUCUAUGAUGCUUGUCCGCCUAUUGUUGAUCACGGAAAUAUACCAUCAUCAUCAUCAUCAUCAUUAUAUCAGCAGGCCAUGGGACGUUUUCCACCUUGA